AUUUCCCCUUUAACUUAAUCCACAAAAAAAUUCAGUGAAUUAUUCUAAAAUCUCAGAAAUUAUCAUGAGGUACCACUAUCAAAUGCACUAUUUAGUACAUAACCAACACAGUAAUAAUCCAUCAUCAUGAUUUAGCAGCUUUUAAUUGUGUUCAGGUCUUGUCCUCAAAAGUCAAGUCUGCAGUUAAAAGAACAAUCUAAAAACCUGCGUUGUAAUAGCAGUAUGAAUAAAGUAUAUUUAAUAAAAGAAAUGCAGUAUUCAGGAUCCACAAAGCUUAACUUCUUCAUGACUUAUUCACGUUUAUUGAUUCUUAUGUACUUUUUAUGUUAGUACUGUUAGCACAGUUGUUUUCCUCAUUUAACAAUCAGUUUUAGGUGCGCCAUUAUCUUCAUGUUGUUAGAGUACCUUAAUCUAAACUAACUUAUCUGGCUGUGGGCAUUCUUUACAGCCAUUUCCUCCGUGUUCUUGUUUUUGUGUAAAUAAAAUGUCAUAUCAUGUAUUUUCAAUAUUUUUCCUGUGCAUUCUGUAUAUGUAAUAUUGGCAACUCGUGCAUUUAUGAUUAAUACAAUUGAGUAAUUUAUUAUCUCUAAUAAUUUGUAUUUAUCAGUGGUAAAGAGCGACUAGAUCACUAAAGUACCAUGGUCACAAAGAAAUGCGUAGAGAAUCAUUAGAUCUAUAAUGAGACAUUAUACAAAGUUAAUGAUAACUCAGAGUGCUACCAUAUUUGAAAAUCGUCUGCAGCAUUUUAGUGAUAUCUCGUUUUAUAAUGUAGAAAUCGUGAGGUCAUUAAUAUUCAUUGCUUUGACUGGUGGAUUGUGUCUGAAAUUUGAUUGUUUUUUCAGCAAUAAUCAAUUUGAACUCAUUACAUUUAGUAAACGUCACUUUUUAUGUUUUUGGACCAUAAUUAACGGUACCCAAGUCAGUGUGUAUCAAAAACAUAAAUAUAUGCAAAAACCAACGAAAAUCAAGGAUAAUUUGAAGACGUAUGGUGUUCAUUGCGGCUCAAAGACUCUGACAAAAUCCCAGGGGUGGCGCUGUUCUAUCAGUAAAUUGCAAAGCAAAGAACAUAAAAGCAGAAAAGCGUGAUGGUCUUGGCACGUUUAGAAGCAAGCGGACAGCGUCGUGGUGCUGAAACUCCGUUGUGAAACGCGCUGGCCUCGAUUUAGGUUAAAAUGUGCUUUGGAAUUCAUAAAAUGUGUCUUUGGCUCAGAAGAAAGAGGGAAUUUUUUUAAAUGAAUAUUGCUAGAAACAAACAUUAUAUCGUUUGAAGUAUGAUGAACUCCCAUACAAGACGGCUUUCCAGAACAAUGGAGUCUUACGAGAGGUACGUGAUCCUCGCUAUUAUUUUUUCUUUUGCUCGGUACACAUCGGCCUCUGUGACUCAUUAUUCAAUACCAGAAGAAAUGAAAGAAGGAUCCGUCGUGGCUAAUCUUGCCACCGACCUCGGGCUGGAUGUGAAAACACUGAAUCAGAGGAAGAUGCGUCUUGAUAUCAUCGCGAACAAGAAAUAUUUAGACCUAAACAAAGAGACUGGUGAGCUGUAUGUUGUAGAGAAAAUCGACAGGGAGCAUAUUUGCCCUACAAAGUCAUUAGCGUCUUGCUAUCUAAAAUUAGAGGUUAUACUAGAUAACCCAGUAAGAAUAUUUAAUAUAGAAGUAGAAAUUCUUGAUAUGAACGACAACGCCCCACAAUUUCGAAGAGACGCCAUACAUUUAGAUAUAUCUGAAGCGACGGCAAGAGGAGAGAGAUUUUCUCUGAGUAAUGCAGUCGAUCCUGAUGUAGGGUCCAAUUCAGUGAAAACAUACCAUUUGAGUGAAAGUGAAUGUUUUAAUAUAGAAGUUCAGACCGGACGAGAUGGAUCGAAGUUUGCGGAUUUGAUCUUGAAAAAGACUUUAGACAGAGAGGAGCAGCCUGUGCAUAAUUUGAUACUCACAGCUAUAGAUGGAGGAACACCUGCUCGUUCUGGCACUGCCAGUGUUAUUGUACGAGUUUUAGAUACAAAUGAUAACGCACCCGCCUUUGAUAAAGACAAUCUGAAUUUAAAGGUAAUGGAAAAUUCACCGAUUGGAAGUCUUGUUAUUCGUCUCAGUGCGACAGACUUAGAUGAAGGGUCAAAUUCUGAUAUAACAUAUUCAUACAGUUUAUAUACGUCAGAAAAAACACAGGAAACAUUUAAUCUGAAUCCUGCCACUGGUGAAGUUACAGUUAAGGGAAUACUGAACUAUGAAGAUUUCAGGAUUUAUGAUAUGGAAGUUAUAGCUACUGACAAAGGAGCCACCAGUUUAACAGGACAAUGUACCAUAAAGAUUCUAGUAGAAGACAUGAAUGAUAAUCACCCAGAAAUAUCAAUUAAAUCAUUUCAGAGUCCAGUGACUGAAAACAUCGAGUUGGACACAGUGAUAGCUGUAGUUAGUAUAAGUGAUAAAGAUUCAGGUGAAAAUGGAAUAGUUGAUCUUCAUAUUCCAGAUAAUAUGCCUUUCAAACUGAGGGAGUCCUCUGAUAACUAUUAUGAAUUAGUAGUGUCAGAGACAUUAGACCGUGAGAAGGUGCCAGAAUAUGACAUCACUUUCACUGUGACAGACAAAGGCUCUCCUCCUUUAUCUGACAAUGAAACUAUGACUUUAGAGCUGCUGGAUGUUAAUGACAAUGUCCCACAGUUUCCCCAGUCAUUUUAUACUAUACGUGUCAUGGAGAAUAACGCACCUGGGGCCUUGCUCAGCUCACUCACUGCCUUUGACCCUGACCUCCAUGAAAACCAGUAUCUAGUUUAUUUCAUAAUAGAGAAGGAGAUAGCCAACACCUCAAUGUCCAUGCUGUUCUCCAUCAAUCCAGAGAAUGGUAAUCUUUAUGCACUCAAAACCUUUGAUUAUGAGAUUGAGAAGGAGUUUCUGUUCCACAUUGAGGCCAGAGACUCUGGCUCUCCUCCUCUCAGCAGUAACGUGACUGUCCACAUCAUUAUUGUGGACCAGAACGACAAUGCUCCAGUUAUUGUGUCUCCGUGGCGUGCACACGGCUCUGUGGUGGAGGAACAGAUCCCCAGAUCCACUGAUAAAGGAUCCCUGAUUGCCAAGGUGAUAGCCUUAGACACUGACUCUGUGCACAAUUCUCGGAUCACCUACCAGUUUCUACAAGUGACUGACGCCACCUUGUUUAGUCUGGAUCAAUACAACGGAGAGAUCCGGACUAUGAGGAUGUUCAGUUACAGAGAUCCACGCCACCAGAGACUGGUUGUUGUUGCCAAGGACAAUGGAGAGCCUGCUCUCUCUGCUACAGUCACCAUCAAGCUGACCACAAUGGAGACUGCUGUUAAAGCCUACUCUGACAUGACCGAGGAGCCUCUGGAAUAUGACAUCUUCUCAGACAUCAACCUGUAUUUGGUCAUCGGUCUGGGCUCGGUGUCAUUUCUGCUGCUCAUCACCAUAUUGGUCACCAUCGUGAUCAAGUGUCAGAAACCCAAGCCCAGCAAAGCAGCUCCUCCCUCCAGGAACAGUGUGAUCAGUGAGAGGAACUCCACCAUCGCAGACUCCACUCUGGUCUCCAACGAUGCCUACUGGUACAGUCUGUUUCUAGCAGAGACCAGGAAAGGAAAGCUGGUGGUUAGACAGCCUCUGCCAAAGGGCUCCAGGUACAUUGUGUCCAGCAUACCGAGAGGGACAGGACUGACAGACACUAGUGACUCAGCAGCUUCUACUCUACAGUACCCUAAAUGAAGGAAGUCCGCUCUGCAGUUGGAGGCAUCCACAACCAGCAGCAGUAGUUCCACAUAAGACCCCCAUCCACCUGAGGCGUACAGGAUUAACACUGACAAGAAUGGCUUCACAGAGGAAAGAAGAAACCUCUAACCAUACACCCCCCUCCAGGUCUGUCCUGCUGAGUCUGUAAAAAGAUGGCCCAGCGCUUUGUCUUUGAACCCAUGAAAAGCCAGUCAACAAUGCAUCCCUGUCCAUUCAGUAUGCAUGAUAAGACAGCAUGGUUUCAACCACACUUCAACUGUCAUAUAUUAAAAAGAAAAUUUCAAGAGAAGAUGCAAUGAAAUGGACUAUCUGAAAAACUGUGCCAGGGGAUAUUAAAAGAAGCCACAUCAAAGAGUAAAAAAGUGGACAUGGAAAUGUUGAAAUGCCUUGAAAAUACACUCUCUCUCUCUGUCUCUCUCUCUCUUCAAAAAAUAUGAAACGCAUAAGAUAUCAUAUUUUUAACUGCUCUGCUUUGUCUUGGUCCACUACAGCUUUGUUGUAUGAUAAAUAGGGUAACUAAGGCGUGAAAUAGCACAAUUAACUAAACAUCAGAAAAGCACCAACCUACAGUUUUAAUGUAUGAAAUAAGAGAAAAUCAGUAUUUUGUAAAUGUGGUAACUUUGAGUACUUUUAUGUUUUGUACUUAACUUUGUGCUUUAUAUGUGAACUAGGCCUGAAGAUACUGUAUGACUUAGAGUGCUGAGAGAUAAGAUCAAUAAGUGUACAUAACAGAAAAGAUCAAGGCCUUUAGCCAUUAUGCCUUUAAGUUGUUUUUGCAUGGAAGAAUUCAAGUACUUUUGACAGCUUUAGUUAUUUUAUUAUAUUAAGCAACAUUUUUGCAGUUAAGUCUCACUGUUUCACUUGAUUUUUUUUUAACAAUAUGGAAAGAUUUUAAUGGGACAAUAAUGGCAGUAAAUCAGUGUAACACCUUUAAUCAUGAUGUCCUAAGAGGUUUAGAAGAUGUCAAAAAAAUCUAUAAAACAGCUGACAGCACAAUGACAUUGCUUUGGACUCAGAAAAUGAUUUAAUCAAAGCCUAAAUUAAAAUGUACAAUAUCCCUUAUUGUUUAUUUUAUGAGCUCCUCCAGAAUGACGCUUGGAUUUUAAAUGCAACACAAGUGAAUACAGUGAGCCUUUAGCACUCUGUACAGUAUAUGCACCACAAACAUGAACAUGUACAGUCACCUGUCAAUGUCUAAAUCCAAGUUCUGGCUGUUCCUUCAUUUUGAUGUCUUCUGCAGUGUUUAAAACCGAAGAACCAAACAUGUUCGUUUAAUCCUUACACUUCAGAAACAAUGUUGUUAUGGUUGAUUUCACUCAAUGAAAGCUGUUCUAAUGUUUAUCACUGACUAACUGUAUGUCUUUGGAUAUGCAUAUGCAGCACCUUAUCUAGGAUACAGAUAUAAUUCAUAUAUACAGUAUCUCAUUUGUAUGUAUCUAUGAAUAUGCCUUUCAUUUUCAGUACCAGUGCUUUUGCAACUUUUAAUGUGAAAAAAGUGGAACUCCUGUGCCAUAAGAUUUAUGACCCCAACUAGUAUGUUUAGCACAGCUCAUAAAGCAUUACUUUUAAGAAGCUCAAAUAUCUUAAAAACAUAUGCAGUAAGGGCCUUUGUACAGUGGUACUUUUAUGGUGCAAUAUAUGGUAACUUGUGUAAUGUGAGCUAAAUGUGAUCUGUGGUUUGGUCUGUAAGAUUCAUUAAAUACGAAACAGAAUAAACUAAAAGGCAUUUAGUACUCA